GUUCUUCAGCGUGGUGUGUCUGUGGUUCCCUGGAGGCUCCUGGAUGGCAGCUUUGACAGUGAUACUGAUGGUGCUGAGCCCUCCUCUGGCUUUGGCCAGGGACACCCAACCACGUUUCUUGGAGUAUGAUAAGUUUGAGUGCCAUUUCUCCAACGGCACGAAGCGGGUGCGAUACCUACACAGAAACUUCUAUAACCGGGAGGAGCUCGUGCGCUUCGACAGCGACGUGGGGGAGUACCGCGCGGUGACCGAGCUGGGGCGGCCGGACGCCCAGUACUGGAACGGGCAGAAGGACGUCCUGGAGCAGAGGCGGGCCGCGGUGAACAGGUUCUGCAGACACAACUACGGGGUUGGCGAGAGCUUCACGGUGCAGCGACGAGGUGAGCGCGGCGGGGCGGCCGGGGCGGGCGUGUGA